ACCAGGUCUCAGGACCACCGACAAUGGCUAUUUAAGCCACUGAGUCUCGUCUUCUAGCCACUCCCAUCUCUAUCUCUCAUUGCACAGCAUUCUUUGCUUCGUUCAACUUUCCACCGUCCAGAACACCUCAUCCACGCCCACACCAUGUCUGAAUCACUCAAGACCACAACCCCCUACCCCUUCCAAUUCUCCUCCAACGUCCAAGUCGAAGCACAAACCAAUGGGCAAGCGACCGACAUCAACGUGUCACUCAAGAACGUUCGAGGCCGAAUCCCCUCCGCCCAAGCAUCCCGGCUCCGCACCAUGAUGCUCGAAGCCCACGGGGAUCCGUCCAAGAUCGUCGCCCACACAUGCACCUACGACGGGCUGUCCUCGCGAUUAGUCGAGGAGGCCGGCUUCCCCAUCGUAUUCCUCGCCGGGUACGCGUUGGCCAGCUCCUACGGGCUGCCAGACACAGGAUACAUCGCCAAGGCGGAAGUGUGCAGCAAGAUCCAGGAGGCAGUGCGCAUGACAAGCCUGCCUGUGCUAGCCGACGGGGACACCGGAUACGGCAGCCCUAUGAAUGUAAAAAAUACCGUGGAGUCCUUUGCAUUGGCCGGCGCAGCCGGGGUGAUGAUUGAGGACCAGACGUGGCCGAAGCGAUGCGGUCACACCAAGGGGAAAUCGGUAGUCUCUCGUGGCGAGGCCUACGCCCGACUGCAGGCCGCCGUGGAUGCGCGAAACCAGGGACGCGACAUCUUCAUCCUGGCGCGCACGGACUCUUUGAUUCACGGCUGGGAGGAGGCGAUGACGCGCGCGAAGGAGUUCAAGAGAAUUGGCGUUGACGCGGUGUUCGUCGAGGCGCUGCCCGAUCGGGCGUCGAUGAAACGAUGCGCUGAAGAACUCGACUUUCCCGUAUUUGCGAACAUCAUCGAAGGCGGGAAGACCGAGAAUGUAUCGGCUCAGGAAUUAGCGCAACUUGGAUACUCAGCGGUGGCGUACCCGUGGACUCUGGUGGCCGCCAAACUGAAGAGUAUCCGGGAAGCGCUGGAAGGGCUGAAACGGAGUAUGACAACCGGGGCGCCACCCAUGAUAUUGGGGUACGAUGAGGUCUGUGAGGGAGUUGGCUUUAACAAGUAUUGGAGCGAGGAAGGAAGAUACGAGUAUAAUGAGAAUGGUCUCAUUCAUAGCCAGAACGGUAGUUUGUAGUGACUGCAAAGCUGACUUAUGGCAUUCAAUGGUGUGUUGUUGAGGGAGUCUCGAGGGAUUUGAUUACACUAUAUAUAGAGACGUAUUUAUUUGCAAGAAAGUCGG